AUGUCAUUACGAAGGAAACCCAUCAACUUUGAUAACAAGUUCACAGAACUUCAGUCAACAUUCGACGCCAUCUUUCGAGUGUCAUCGACCAGCGACAAGUCCAUUUCAGGCAUGAACAUGUACCAGCUCGUGUAUGAUAUGUGUAAUGCCAUCCCUCGACCAUUCACGGAUCGGCUCUUUGCUGGGGUGGCGGAUUAUUUGGAUAAGCACACAGCGCGUGUAUGCGAGGAGAUUUUAUCGCACAAUGAUAUUGCAACAGCUUAUGCUCGCGAGUUUGAACGAUUUGAAUUGGCAGCAGGAGACAUCUCUCGUGGAUGUGAUUACUUGAAUCGAUUGAUAUCCCAAACUGGCAUGGGCUCAGGACCCGAUCGACGACCCACUGUCAUUAGUGGCAAAUACAAAAAGCAAAAUGUUCAAGCUUUGGCCAUGUCGUUAUGGAAGAACAACGUGCUAUUCACCAUCCGGGAUCAAUAUCAAAAUCGAUUGUUCUACCAAGUGUUUGAAAUGAUACGUCGUGACAGAGAUGGAAACGAGGCACCUCAUACCACCAUCAAAACGGUUGUGACAUCGCUCGUUCAAGCAAAUGCGUUCACCGAUCAGCCAUUACAGCUCUAUAUCGAAGAGUUUGAGCGACCCUAUCUCGUGCAUACCAAACGCUAUUUUGAAGCAGAAUCAGCAAGGGAAAUGGCUGCUGGAGAUAUCAGCACGUUCAUGAAAAAGGCAAUGACUCGUCUUCAACAAGAGAUCAUGAGGAAUAAUCGUUACUGCCAUUCGUCAUCCCAUCGAAGAGUCGUCAAGGAGUUUGAAGCACAAUACAUUUCGGCAUAUCAAGAUCGGAUAGUGGAUGAAUUUAGGACCAUGUUGGUGGAAGAACGCUUUGAAGAUUGCACGCUGGCGUACAGUCUCUUGAAUCGCAUCCCAGAUGGCCUUAAACCGAUCCUCACGAUUUAUGAAGAAUACGUCACAAAGCUUGGUAUGGAUGUUCUCUCAAAGCUCGGAAGCAGUAUACCCAAGAUCCCCAAGUCAUAUGUCGAUCAGCUUCUUAGCUUGCAUACCAAGUACUAUGGCGUAAAUCAAGGCGUCUUUUCUUCAGAUCCACUCUUUACGGCUGCUGUUGAUAAAGCUUUUCGCACCAUUGUCAACGACAACCGAGUGAACCCGAGUGCCAAUGGUCCAGAGACACUUGCUCGAUAUUGUGACAUGAUGAUGCGAAAGAGCACGAGCAAAAAGGAAGCAGCAAAUGCAAUGAUGUCAUCAAGCUUAGAAGGGAAGAAAAAGGCUACUCGCCGGCUUGUGGAAUCGGAUGAUACGGAUCCUGAAGAGAAGUUGAUGAAGAUGGUGACUUUGUUCAAAUACGUCGAAGACAAGGAUAUCUUUCAAAAGUUUUAUUCGCGCAUGUUGGCAAAGCGGCUCAUUUACAGCACAUCAUCCUCUGAAGAGCUCGAAAUGAAUAUGAUCAACAAGCUAAAGGAAAUCUGUGGUGUGGAAUAUACCAGCAAAUUGAACAAGAUGUUUACGGAUAUCUCUUUGAGUGCUGAUCUCAACUCAACGUUCCGAGAAUACCUCAAGCAACAUGCCAAUAAGCUGAAUGUUGGCUUUGAUAUCCAGGUGCUCACUGCUGGUGCAUGGCCCUUGAACCAAAAGGAGGACUCAAAAACCAUGGAUGCAAACAGAAUCAAUAUCCCAGCCGAAUUGGAAAAGAGUGUUUCGCAAUUUGAGCAAUUUUAUGGACAACAUCAUAGUGGGCGAAAACUACUUUGGCAGUGGAAUCUUGCAAGGGGCGAAUUGAGGGUGAACUUUUUGGAUCGGCCUUAUGAGAUACAAAUGGGAUUAUAUCAAAUGGUGCUAUUGCUAUUGUUCAAUGAUACCUUGAGUCUCACGGUGACAGAUAUUGUGCAACAAUCGAGCUUGUCUGAAGCCGACGUAUUGAGGAGUUUGAAGCCCCUUGUGGAUCUGCAAUUAUUGGAAAUCUCCGACAAGAACUUGAAAUCGCAUACCGAGGUAUCACUGAAUUUAUCUUUCACAAGUAAGCGCACCAAGAUCAAGGUUGCAGCAGCUGCCCAAACAGAGCAACAAGAGACAAUCAAUGCACGAAAGGCGGUGGAUGAGGAUCGUAGGAUGUAUCUCCAAGCAGCCAUUGUGCGCAUAAUGAAAUCAAGGCAAACGCUCACGCAUGUUCAACUUGUACAAGAAAUCAUCGAUCAAGCCAACUCGCGAUUUUCACCCUCUGUGAUCAUGAUCAAAAAGUGCAUCGAGCAGUUAUUGGAAAAGCAAUUUCUUGCUAGACAAGAGCGUGACACUUAUGUGUAUGUUGCAUAG